AUGAAGAUGGGCAUUGCACGAAAGUCGGGACUGUUGGAUGAGAAGGAACUUGAGAUUACUGAGAAGUAUACCGUUGAAGAGCUGUUGAAGCAGCUAAAGGAUGGUACUUUGUCGUCACUGGAGGUUACCAUAGCGUUCUCGAAGAGAGCAGCUAUGGCACAGCAGCUGCUGUCUUGCCUUACAGAGACAUACUUCCCUGAAGCACAGGAGCGAGCACGCUUCCUCGACAGUGAAAGAGCAAGCGGCCGUAUCGUAGGCCCUCUCCACGGUUUACCCAUCAGUAUCAAGGACGCUUUCCAGGUCGCUGGCUCAGCGGCCACUAUUGGGUUCGUUUCGUUCCUGGACCAUGCGGCGUCGAAGGAGAACUCCCCGCUUGUGGAUAUCUUGCUCGAGCUAGGCGCAGUCAACAACAUUUUCGGGCGUACUUUGAACCCUCACAACACUGCCCUCACUGCGGGAGGGUCGAGCGGAGGCGAAGGUGCCCUUGUUGGAUUUCGAGGAUCUCCACUCGGUGUUGGAACAGACAUUGCAGGAUCAAUCCGCAUACCCGCUCUUUGCUGUGGCACCUACGGCUUCAAGCCCUCUACAGCGCGCAUUCCAGAUGGCGGACAAAUAUCGCCCGUAUCCGCUGGCAACAACUUCUUCAACCCGUCCGCUGGUCCCCUCGCAAACGACAUACAAGCUCUAGGCAUUCUGUGUCGGUCACUCCUAUCAGUGAGACCAGCCUUGUACGACGCCUCUGCUCUCGACGUUCCUUGGAGAAGCCUAGAAGUACCACCGAGCGCGCCGAAGCUAAGACUGGGUCUUCUGGCCGAGGACUCAGCCUUCCCCUUGCAUCCGCCGGUUAAAAGAGCGCUAGCACAAGCUGUCAGCGCGCUCGAAGCAAAGGGCCACGAGGUGGUUCCUAUCGCGCCGGCGCGCGCUCAGGUCGCCAAUGCGCUAGCCCUCGCGUUCGCCUUCUUUAUGCUCGACGACACUCCCCCGACGCAUGUAGCCGCUAGCGGUGAGCCUGUUGUUCCUUCAGUUAUCCAGUCCAUGGAGGUUUUCCAUUCCUUCAAGUGUGACUUCCUGGACGACUGCAAGGGCCUGGAGGGCAUCAAGAAAUUAGCUGCGCUCAAUGUCAAGCGGGAUGUUAUCCAAGAUGAGUGGAGGAAGAUUUGGAAGGAGCAGAAAUUGGACGGAGUAAUCGGUCCGGCUGCACAGCACACUGCGGUCGCGCACGAUACAUACGGGUUACCGCCGUAUACGCUACUGUUGAACGUAUUGGAUUAUCCCGCAUGCGUACUUCCCUUUGGUAAAGCCUCAAGCGCUCUGGAUGCUGAGCCCUUUGUCAUGGGCCCUGGCCAAGUAGGCCCGAGUUAUAAUCCCAAGCUCGUGGAUGGUGCACCAACUGCCAUCCAGGUCUUCACGAACAAGAUGCGCGAUGAAGAAUGCCUGCAGGUGUCUGCUAUCAUCGAUGAGUGCUUGAAAGCUGUGUAA